CCAUUAAAUGCCGCCCUGGCGGCGCGGCCGAGCCCAGACCGACUGCGGCCGCUGCCGAUAGCCCGCGCCCGCCAGCCGCUGCGGCCGUGUCGCUCGUGCCUGGACCUCCGCUGUUGCCGAGAUGGACGCCACCGCGUUCCGCACGGCGGCCGUGCAGCUGAUCGACUUCAUCACCGACUACCAGGAGAAUAUUCGCAGCCGGCCCGUGUCGCCCAGCGUCAGCCCCGGAUACCUGCGGCACCUGGUGCCCGCCAGCGCGCCCCAGCACGCCGAGACCUGGGACCAGCUGAUGCCGGACAUCGAGCGGGUCAUCAUGCCGGGCAUGCUGCACUGGCACUCGCCACAGUUCCACGCCUACUUUGCCGGCGCCACCUCGUACCCGUCCAUCCUGGCCGAUAUGCUGACGGACGCGCUCGGCUGCAUGGGCAUCUCCUGGGCGUCGGCGCCCGUUCUCACUGAGCUCGAGGUGCUUGUGAUGGACUGGCUCGGCCAGAUGCUCCAGCUGCCCGACGAGUUCCUCUUCAGCUCGGGUAAGGGCGGCGGCGGCAACAUCCAGGGCUCGGCCUGUGAAAGCACGCUCAUCACCAUGCUGGCGGCACGCGCGCGAGCCAUCACCCGUCUGCGGAGCGAGCGUCCCGAGCUGUCCGAGGCCGACAUCAGCGGCCGGCUGGUGGGUCUCACCUCCGACCAGGCGCACUCCUCAGUGGCGCGCGCCGGACUGCUGGCCGGCCUCCGGGUGCGGCCCGUCCGCUCCAACACCCGGAACGCGCUCACCGGCGAGGCGGUGGAGGCGGCUGUCGCCGAGGAGCUGGCCGCCGGUAACAUCCCCUUCUUCGUGGCGGCCACGCUGGGCAGGACGGCGUCGUGCGCCUUCGACCACCUGCGCGACGUCGGCGCCGUGUGCGCCCGGCGCGCUCUGUGGCUGCACAUCGACGCCGCGUACGCCGGGCCGGCCUUCAUCUGCCCCGAGUUCCGACCGCUGCUCGACGGCGUCGAGCUGGCCGACUCGUUCAACAUGAACCCGCACAAGUUUAUGCUGACCGCCCACGACUGCUCCACGCUGUGGGUGCGCCGUGCCACCGACCUCACCGACGUGUUCCACGUGGACGCCAAGUACCUGGCCACGGCGCGCAACAGCAUGCCCAGCUUCCGGCACUGGGCCAUCCAGCUGAGCAGGCGGUUCCGCGCGCUCAAGCUCUGGUUCGUCAUCCGGCUGUACGGCGUCGAAGGCAUUCGCUCGUACAUCCGGCAGCAGGUCUCGCUGGCCAAGGAGUUUGAGCGGCUGGUGCGCUCCGACCGGCGCUUUGAGGUGGCCGCGCCGGCCGUGCUCGGCCUCGUCUGCUUCCGUCUGCGCGACAAGGAGUUCGGAAACUCUCUGACGGACGCGCUGCUCAGCCGCGUCAACGCCGCCCGGCGCGUGCACAUGAUCCCGUCGAUGCUGCGCGGCGGCACCCAAUACGUGAUCCGCUUUGUGGUGUGUUCGCGCUACACGGAGCUGCGCGACGUGCAGCUGGCGUGGAGCGAGGUGCAGCGGCACGCCGACCAGCUGCUGGCCCAGCCGGAGCGGGUGGUGCGGGCCAAGGCGCGCUGGGGGGCCGUGCGGGCCGCCACCGGGCUCGGUCUGCUGCGACAUACCAACAUGGCGCUGUUCGAGCGCUGGAACUCGACCGACUCGUCCAGCUCGGCGGGCGAGGUGCACCCGGACCAGCUGCUGUUCGAGUGCAGCGCGCUGGACAGCGAGGCGUCCGACUCCGAGUCAGAGCCCGAGCCACCCCCGGAUGGCGCCCUCCCGACACAGGAGCCGGACCCAGCCGGCACUGAACCACCUACGAAGGAGAGCGGAGACGCUGCCGAUGAGGAAAACAUGCACAGGGACGCCCAGUCCGAUGUAGUAUCAGCUCUUGCCAGCUGCGAACUCUAAACCACUGUACAACAUGAUGUUAACUAUAAACCAAUAUCAAAAUAAAUGCAUUUCAAGUAUAUUUUAAGAAACACGCAAAGCUUUCCGUCCAUGAAAAGUUGAUCACCGUUCAAAAUUACGCAUUUUUUUUUAGAGAGAGUGAUCAAGCUUCCAAAACCAAACGCUUUGUGUGUACUUUUCUAUUCUAUGCUUCGAAUGUAUUUUUACUUAUUGAUUUAUGAUGUACAGUUGACUACAGAAUGCUUCGAAUGUAUUUUUACUUAUUGAUUUAUGAUGUACAGUUGACUACAAAAUGCUUCGAAUGUA